UUGGCUGGUUCGGGUCGGCUGUGUGUGAGUUUUGUGUUCUUUUGCUGCGGAGUGGAGUAAAAAUGUUAGACAGCGCGCGAGUUGAGAACGUACUUACGUUAAUUUUGCCACCUGUAAAUGUUUAAACCAAAUGAGAAGAAGUUGUUGUUUGUUACUUUUAGCUUACAAAAAAACACACGAAAAAAAAAACAACAAUGAAAUAAAAAAUAAAGAGAUUUUAAAAUCAAAGUAUUUCGAAGUAUUGAAAAGUAUACAAAAAAUAAACCAGCAGCAGUGUGUGAUGGCGGCUGAGGGCCAGAACGCGAUCGCUGUAAAUAUUACCGAGUGUGCGCAAGUAAACAAAAAAAUAAAAAAAUUAUCGAAACAACUUGAUUCUCAAACUCUUAACAAUAUCGUUUUGACGUUAUCAUACGUUCUAAAAAACACUUGAGUUGCGAAUGUCUCUUAAAAAAACAAAAAAAAUAAUGGAAAAUGGAAAAAAAUAUAUAACGAAAUAAAAAAAAAAGAAAUACUAAAAUGAUUUUACGGUUGUCCAUUCUAUAGGCUGAAAAUGUUUCAAAGUGGCGGUUUACAAAAAAGAUACUAAAUAAUUAAUUUUGUAUUGUACAUACAACAAAAAAAAGUAAAGAAUUGAAAAAAUUAGAGAAAAAUAAAGCAAGAAAAAAAGUUGUUAAAAUUUUAAAUAUUGAAAAUAAAAGUUACUGAAAAGUGUGAAAUCAUUGAAUCUUCUAACAAAAAUAGAAUUUAAAAAAAAAACAAAAUAUAUAUAUAAAAAAAUAACAAAUUACCCAUAAAAAGUUAAUAAAGUUUUUACAGAAAGAAAAACCAACAAUAAAAGCCGCCCAAAACCACCUUCGAUUAGCGCAACUUUUCACUAAAUUACAGGUAAACGAUUAAAAAAAAAACUAAAGAAAAUAUAAACAAAUCAAAAGCAAAACAAAAGUAAAUAAAAAAACCCACCGAAAGAGAAACCGAGGAGUAACAACUCGUCGAAGUGUUUAUUAGAUAGAGAUGCCAAACUACCGCAAUAAAAAUCGUAAUCGUAACAAAAAUAAACAACGUAAUAAACAACAACAGCAGCAACAGCAGCAAAAACAAAAGGAAGAAAAUUGUAAAAAAGAGUCUGAAGAGCCAACAACUGCACCCACUACCGGCCACGAAACACCAUCAUCUCCUCUCACUGCCACCGAAGUGACAAACGCCACUGCAGUUUCCUCGGAGAAUAAUGUUGCAGAAGACGUUGACACAUCCGCCACCAACAAAUCUAAUGAGUUUGAUGUAUGUGAAAAUGUGCCAUCAUUAAAAAAAGUACCAGACGUCACCACUGCAACUACUGGCACAGAGACAGAAGAGACCAGAGACAAGACAACUGAAACGACGACAGCAACGAAUGACACAGUUUUGAAUGAACCAUCACAGUGCGAUAAUAAAAGUAUAAAUAAUCACGGUGUAAAUACAAAUGACAACAUGGGCAAUGAAAAAUCUAAAAUUAUCGACCAUCAAAGGGAUAUUUCCAUAGAGGAGAACACCACCACUCAAGCAUCAUCAACAGCCACAGAUGUUCCCCCAAUCUCGCCUAGUACGUGUGCCCUAGGUAAGGUUAUUGUACAUAGAAUAGUUUGUGAAGAUUCUAAUAGUGUUAACACAACUAAAGAGCCAACAGCUGUAAAUCUUGAUGAAUCUACAGAAGCAGCGGCCACAGAUAAAUCUGAAAAUGAAAUGCCAUUUAAAGUUAUAAUUCAUAAAAUCCUAACGGAACCAGAAACCGGAGAGGAAAAUAGUCAGUCAACAAAUCAAACUGUUAACAUGGUAGAACAGACUCAACAACAAGUUAAAAUAAUAGUACACAAAGUGGAAACACCAGAAGAAGACAUCGACAAAUCAAUUAAUUAUUCUCCAUCAGAUGAAAACGAUUCUCCACAACAACAAGUUAAAACUGUUGUACACAAAGUGGACACAACAAAUGCACACUCCCAGCAACAUGAAGUUAAGGUUAUAGUACACAAAGUGGUCACACCAGAUAAUGAUAAUGAUGACACUAAAGCAAACUUUGAACCACACCAACACCAAACCCAACCCCUACAGCAACAAGCCAAAGUUAUUGUACAUCAAGUUCUUCUAGAAGAUAAAGAUAUUGAUGAUGAACCCCAGAUAACCUCACCCACAAUGAGAGAACCAUUAGCAUCUAUAGCCAAAAGCACAACAUCUGCUGUACGCAUUGUAGAAGUCAGUGAUGAAAGUUUAAGUGAUUUGGAGGAAUUGAGAUCACCAGUCAUUAGUGAGGCGGAAUCUUCCAUGGAAUAUUGUGAUGAUAUUCAAAAAGUGGCCGAUUCUAUAACAGAAGUGUCAUCAUCCUCAUCUUCCUCCUCCUCCUCCUCCACCUCAACUCAAAAGCAAUCACGCAAACAGAAGCGCAUUGCCUUGGAGCAUCACUUUUUGCCACAAAUGUUGAAUCCACGUUUCCUGGACAGCAUUUCCGAAGAGAAUAGUGAGUUAAGCGAUAAUUCCGAAAAUCCCUUGUCCAGAUCAGCUUCAAAUGAUAGUGCUACUAACUGUCCCACCGAAGGUAAAGUUCCGAAACUAAACGCUAAAUAUCCCAAAAGUUCUUUGGACUUUUCCAAAUCCCACAAACAACAGUCUACUACUAACAGAAAAUCCAAGGUCAUACGAGAAGAACCGAUGGCUGUAGCUGUGGCAGCACGUCUGCAAGAUGCUCCCGAUGCCGAUGAAAGCUGCAGCACAGUGCGCAGUUGUAUGUCGCCGGAGGCCGAAGCAGCCGAGGUUGUUUUCAUUUCAAAUUCCGCCUCCAGCAGCAUGUCCGAUUUACAUGACAUGGAAUUGUUUGAAAAUGUGCAUACAUCUGCGCCCGAAUACGAUUUGGAUACUGAUUUAAGUGAUAUUAUAAACAAACCAGUGACAGAAGACAUCUGCUUUGAGUCACUGACAUCAUCAGCAUCAACAUCAUCGCCCUCGCCAUCACCAUCAGCAUUCACUGCCAAAAUACCACAACAACAACAACAGUUGCCGGAAUUUUGCGCAAAUCAAUAUAACAAUAAUCAAACAAUAAAUAACAGUAAACAUAUAAACAACAAUAAUACUCCUCAAACACCAUACACUACGUCUGCAACAGCCACCAACACCACUACCACCAGCAUCAACAUCAACACCACUAAAACAAGAUCAUUAGCUGAAACAAUAACAACAAAACCUAAAGCAAAUUCAAAUACAAAUACAGAUUCCAAAUCAGAUUCAAUAUUGUUAUUAUCAUCAUCUACAUCAUCGUCACCUGCAAAUGAGCAACUUGUUUUUGCCCAGAUCGAAGAGCAAAUUUCAUCGGCGCUCUCUUCCAUUAAUGAAGUCGCUUCACAAAACACAACCACAACAAUACCAACAACAACAUCAAUAACAUCAUCAUCAUUAUCAUCAUCGUCGUCGUCUUCAACGAAAAUUCAUACAAAUCUCUCAAACACUCAAAAAUUGCCUGUCACAACAACAUCAACAACGGCCGCCACUAGAACACCAGAAAAUAGUUGUGAAGAAUCGUUUAAUACAAAUAGUAGUAGUAGUUUAUGUGCGGGUAAUAACGCGAAAACAACACGGGUUUUUUCACAAGACGUAAAUAUGAAUACGGUUCGCGAUUUAAUAAUUAAUAACAACAAUAAUAACAAUAAUAAUAGUAACGCUAAUGACAAUACGGUAAAAUUACACGAUCUCAAAACUAAUACAACCGAACACUGUGAGCAAUCAGACGAUAGUUCUGGUUCAGCUGCGGAUCCCAAAAAGUUAAGAUUACUGUGUGCCGAAACAUUAGCCACCUUCCCGUACGGUGAUGCGGUUCUUGAAGAACUAGCUACCGUUGCUCAAAAUAUUGGAGAAGCUCGUGCUGUAAAUGCGGUAAAAUCCGAAAACAAUAUGCCUUAUCCUCUGCCGGAACUGCCACAUAUAGAUGAUUUGCAAUUAUCGCUAAAGGUGGGUAAAUCUCCGCCUGAAAGACCAGAACCUCCGCAACAAGAUCAAUCUUGGCUCGGAGUGCCCACCAACAAUGAUCCCAAGGUAUUAGUAUGUCUCUCACCCUCCCAACGUUCCUAUAUACAACAUAAACCUGAACAGAAACCCGACGAUUUGCUCGAUGCCCAUCAAAAGUUUGUGGAACGUCGCGGCUAUCAUGAAUACACCAAGGAACAGUUAGAUAUCUUGGAAAGAGAAAAGUUGGCCGAACAACAGUUGCUACAAACUGCAGCAAUGAUGAAAAAAUUACGUAAAAGUAUAACGCCACCUCCCCCACAGAUACCACCUCCACCCGUGCCGGUCAAGUCAAGUGAAACAGCAUCGAAAGCACAAAACCUCUCUAAACGAACGGUCACUACAACCACAAUAACCCAUACACAGAAACCAAACGAUGACGUAAACUUGGCUAAUGAUAAUGAGCAAAUACCAGCACCAUCUAACGGAGAAAACAAUGGAGAAGAGAACAAACAUCGCUUAUUAUCUAUUAUACAAGAUACUAGCGAAUUAAAUGCCAAUAAACAAAUACACUCAGUAUCAUCUUCAGCAUCAUCGUUUGAAAAUAACUCAAGGCAAACAACAAACGGCGUCAGUGCUCCAUCUACCGAACAGGUACCAACAACAGCAACAUCAACAUUAAACAACGGCACGCCAAACAACUCGUACCAAUUUCCUCAUCUCUCCGAACACAAAGGAUCUGGAAUCAUGCAAAGUGUCGAAACAACACUGGGUCAGAUGUUCCCUACAAUGGGAUCUUCAAACAUCUUUGAUCACGAACACAAACGUUUCUCCAACAUUGAAUCUUCGAAUACUGAUCCUUUUUGCAGUCAAAUCAUGAAUAUACAGCCUAAAAGAUAUUCCAGCGUGGAAACACACAGCUAUGAAACACAAAAACGCAUUGAAAAUGGUAAAGUAGUUCAGGACUUUUCAACUUCGAAACAUGAAAGCAAAACUUCGGGAGACAAACCAAAUGAAGUCACUGGUUUCCCUUUGAAAACACCAUUGUCUCAGGAAAGUAAUAGCUUUUUGCGUUCAGGUAAAGAACAAGAUAUUCAUAAUAAUUCACAAGCAGCACAGCACAUAGAUGACCAAGAAAUUAUGUCAGCUUUAAAUUUAAACAAACACUCGUCAGAUAUUGAAAGAAAACAACAAACGGCAACACAAAAGGAAACAACAAUAAAAACCACUACAACAGAAACUUCUCAAAAUAAUGCUAAUGGCGAGAACAAGAGUGCGAAGACAGAUGAAAAAGAUCUAACAAGAAAACAAGAACCAGAGAAUACCAUUUUAAAGAGGGGAAUACAAGACACUUACGAAGAAUUUAGGCAACGUGCCAAAGCAGCUGCUGAUGCUGCCUCCACGCUACCAUCACUUAACUCGCCAGCAGUAGCAGCAACGACAGCGAAAGUAACCUCGAAUGGGGAUACUAAUGGUGAAAUGAUUUCGUCAACUACAACAACAACCGAACACAAAAAGCAAACAACAACACUCAGCCACGACCAUGAAAAGUUAUUCAAAGAAUUUGAUGACCUUUCCAAACAAUUGCACAGAGAACUGGAAACGGGUAAAGCCGAAAGGGAGCAACGCGAAAAAUCAGCCUCAAUGUUCGAUUUGAAUAGAGUUCAUAUGAGACAAAAACAUCAAAUAGAGGAAUUCAAUAAGAGCAGACAUGGUCACCUUAAAGAAUUGGAGCAAGAAAUUGAAAGAUCAAUGAAAUCUCGUUCUAUGACAUUUAAAAAACCACAGGAUAUGGUAGACCACCAAACCGGAAGAACUUAUCAAAUACCCAUACACAUUGAAAAUGGCAACAAUACGUCACCACCAACAGCAGCAACAACCGCAAAGCCCUCAAAUACUUAUGAGGAAGCUCCACCGGUACCAGAACCUCCUAAAACCUAUCAAAUACCAAUACAAAUAGAGAAUUCCAACUCUUCAUACCUGGACGAUGCUCGUUUCCGCAGAGCAGAAUCAAUGUUUAAUCUGGGUGACGACAUGCAUCAACGACAACGUACGUACAGCAACCAAACGCAGUUCCAAAGAGCUGAUGAUGAUUGGUCUAAAUAUGCCAGUGACUUGGGUUCUUCGGAAAAUAUUGCACGUCCAUUUGCCAAGGAAGUUGAAAUAUGUUAUCAACGAAGACCAGGAGGAAUUCGAGCACCACGUCUUUCGGCCUCAACAAAUGAUUUAUACUUUAACAAUCAACACUCAUAUGAUCAGUAUAAUGCCUACAAUGUUAGGAGGCAUCAUGCCCCCAUGUUGAAUAGAGCACCUGAGCACAGCAGACCUAAAUUCGGUAGCUGUUAUUCUAUGAUCGAAAGAGAUCCUAAUCCGAAAUAUAUUAGCACUACCACAAGACGAGGUGUCUCGCCUGGUCCACAACCAUCAGGUUUCUUCCCAUUGGAUGGGUGUCAUGUAAGAGAAGAAGAUAUGCGCCAAAGACGCGCCUCUUUGCCUCGGGAAAUACAUGAACAACAAUUGAAGUAUAUCUUAAACAAAGAAGAGGAACUGCGCACAGAAUUUGAACGUUUGCAAACUGAACGCAGACGUUUAAUGGAGGAGGCACAAAGAGCUCAAGCUAUGCAGAUGCCUCAAACACCAACAUCACCAAACACACCAACAUCGCCCAUGACACGACCCCUACGUGAUCACUUCAGGUCAACUCAAAAGUUACCUACUCUUUCCGAAGAUGAGGUAUUUAGACAGCAAAUGGCGGAGGAAUGGAUGAACAAGGUGGCGGAACGUGAAGAGCGUAGAUUGCAGAAUAUUAUUAAAAUUUCGAAAAUUCAUGAAGAUGAGGAAUCCUCAAGACACAAGGCCAAUAUGGAGGAGGAGUUUUUGAGUCGCGUUAAGGAGAGGCGCCACAAGUUGGCCAUGCCGGCCGACAGUGACUGGGAAUCGGGUGCAGAAUCACAACCAACUACUCAAGCCCAGCUCAGUGAGGCUGAAGAUGUACCGCCCGUUAAGUUUAUUGAGGGCGAGAAGGAGGCCAGCCUACGUCGUUUGCCACGGCAUUUACGUGAAUUUGCUAAAUUCUCCAAUCAUCAGAAAGAGGAUAUCGAAGGUGGUCAUCGCGAAGAGCAUCAAGAAGAAGAACGUUCCGAAGAAACCACCGAUAAUUCGGUUAGCAGAGCUUUCAAAAAAUCAUCGGUGGUUAAGACAGUGAAAACGUUGCGCGCUCCCAUGCUACCAGAAAACGGCGGACACGAUACCAAAUUACAUUAUCAUAAGCCCAGAGCCUAUCAAAUACCCAACCGUCCUCGAGAACCUCACUUGACUGAUCAACGUAUUCAACGGAGAACUAAUAAACAAACACGAUUUGCUGUCACUACGAAUCGUCGCAGCUGGUCUGAAAGCGAUCUAUUGCAGGAAAUCGAUAAAGAUCUUAAGUUGGCUAAAGGAUUUUUAUUUCAAGAUGAAAAGGCUCAAUCACCCAGUAUGUUUGCACCGAAAUUCAAGGCCAAGGCUCCCACAGGAACAGGCAUAUGGUCGCCCAAAAAUCAAACACCUACAUCAUCUUGGUCCAAUUUGAGUGAAUUUAAUAAGUCUACUCCCCCAACACCGCCGCCACCACCAUUUCAACCAGUCUGGACUCCACAGGCAUCGCCGCAAUCAGAUCGCAAAGAGUUUCGGCCGGUGCAUUUUGAGUCUCCCACUUUGCCGCGCAAAUACGUCAUAUCAACUUCAGCUGAACCCACACUGCCACCCUGGAAUUCUACGAAAAAACCAAACGCAACUCGUCUACCCCAAAGUUGUACAAAUCUCAGCACACCUACUUCAGACACUAUCAGCGCCCCAUUGCAUGUGGGCUCCUCGAAUUCUAUAACUACGGUUUUGCCUAAAUCCAGUAUUUCGGAAAAAAUUAAAACAUUCGAACGAUCGGCUUCGGCCUCGGAUUUAUAUAGCAGACCCCAAAUAAUACGUUUAGCCGAUAAGGGUCGUCCCUUAUGUAAACCUAAUGAAGUCAUUUAUAACGUUAAACACGAGUAUAUGAGUGAACCGGAAACGGAAAACGAACGUCCUAAAAAAAUGGCUCAAUUAGGCAGAAGACAAUAUGAUGGCAUUGGUCCUAUAACCAAUGACGGCAUGCCCAUCAUUUUGAGAUCGGAAGUUAAGGAACCACAUCAGCAUGAAUGGUAUAAACGUUUAUACCAGACCAUCCACAAGCAGAAACAUGGCGAAGAUUGUGUGAUCCGCUACAAACAACCAAGAGGCCGCACCACUCAAUAUAGCAAACCGAAUGGUUAUCAGUCAGAACCCGAACCAAAUUACGAUUCCGAUUAUUCGACCAUAAAAUAUCGCACGGUAAAUCCAAAUCGUUUACAAUCGGUUUCAUCGGCCUUGAACGUGCGUAAAAGCAACGACACACUUUAUGGUACUUUACCAAAUCCUGUUAAAUCCGGUCAAAAUUCGUAUAAAAAUCAACCCGGUCGUAUAGAAGAUUACGUAACCGGUCAGUCUUCAGUUUCCGAAAAGGAAAAGAAAGAAUGGUGGGACGAAAUAAUGGACAUCUUUAAUGUGCAACUGGAUCAGGCCAAGCUUUCUUCCAAUUACACUGAAGGAAAUCUUUCAAGAGCAUUGGCCAAAGAAUCUGGUUAUACUAGUGACUCAAAUCUAGUCUUCCGUAAAAAAGAACUUCCCCCAAGUAGUCCUUUGAGUCCCGUUGAACAGAAACAGGCCUACAAAACCGUACAAGCUGGAGGAGAACCUCCACUAUUUGGCUUCCGCAAACCAGCCCCUGAAAAAUCGAAAGAUUAUGAUUUUCCGACCCCACAACUUCCACCACCCCCCAGGGGUGAGUUACUUGAACAGAGAGCAGUUUCUCCCAAUCGUUAUUAUGAAUCGGACGUAAAUAUUCAUUUCAAAACACCCGUACGUCAAGAGUUCAAAUAUCCCUUGUCGGAAGAAGAUUUAGCCAUACGCCAGGCGGAACAUAUGCAAAAAUUGUAUCAAGAGGAGAGACGUCGUAAAUACCUGCAAGAAUUACAAGAUAUGAAUUCACGUCGUCAUACGGACAAUUUUACGCCAUCACAAAAAUCCCCCAUACCCCUGAAUCGUUAUGAUGAUUUCCCAGCGGAUUUGGCGCCAAAAACCGCUAAUCAAGUCAAGUCCAUAGCCAGGGCUCUAUAUAACUUCCAAGCACAGAAUUCCAAAGAACUGAGCUUUAAAAAGGGCGAUAUUAUUUAUAUAAAACGUGCCAUUGAUAAAAAUUGGUAUGAGGGCGAACACAAUGCCAUGAUUGGUUUAUUCCCAGCUAAUUAUGUGGAGAUAAUCAACAAGGAAACUGUAUAUCCUGUACAACCACAAGCAACUGUAUACCGUAAACCCUCCGAAGGUCAAGCUAGAGCCAAAUAUAAUUUCCAGGCCCAAUCUGGUGUAGAGCUUUCUCUAAACAAAGGUGAACUUGUUUCUCUAACACGCAGAGUCGAUGAUAAUUGGUUCGAGGGAAGAAUUGCCAAUCGUAAAGGCAUAUUCCCUGUAUCAUAUGUGGAGGUACUUACUGACAUUGGUGCUGAAGAUAUAGCGGCCAGGACCACAACAAUACAACCAACAGCACGUCCAACAUUAGAUGCUUUGCGCACAAAUAUUAACAAUGAAUUUAACACACUGACCCGCAAUGGUAAUCAGCCACCUAAUGCCAUAUUAAGAGAAACACGUAAUGCCCACAAAACUGAUAUAUUACAUGUUGAUACUAGUUCAGAACCUUUGGUAUACCGAGCUUUAUAUAAAUACCGUCCACAAAAUUCCGACGAAUUGGAACUACAAGAGGGCGAUGUAGUACACGUUUUGGAAAAAUGUGAUGAUGGCUGGUAUGUUGGCACCUCACAGCGUACCGGUUGUUUUGGCACAUUUCCCGGCAACUAUGUUGAAAGAGUUUGAAUUAAAUGGCAAAAGUAACCAUUUAUGCCAGCCCUCUUUAAAAGUAUAGUGUAAAUUUAGCUGAAUAAUAACUCGAAAUUUGUUAACAGUUAAAAGAAAAGAAAGCAAAUACAAAAAAAAAGAAAAAUUGUUGUUGAAAAUUUGAGAUAUUAUCUAUACCAAUGUUGUUAAACACUUAUUAAUCAUAAUUUUAAUAUUAAUUUAUUUAUUGUUUAAACAAACAAAAACAACAAAAAGAAAAUAAUUUAAAAAAAAAAUCUUAAAAACGCAAUAGUACAUUAAUUUCAACAAGAAUAAUUUUUCUAUUUUGUUGCACCCAGAAAUUUAAUACCAAGUUUUGAUAUAUAAGCCACUAUUUUUGUUUUUUUUUUUAAUUUUGUGUGCAUCUAUUUAAUAAUUUUAUGUUUUUAGUUAUUUUGUUCUUUUAUUUUUAACUAGUCAAAGCUAAAUCCCAAAUGUGUUUUAAUUUCAUUUUUAUUUUUAUUAUAAAUUAUCACAAAAUGUUUGUGAUUUUUUUUAUUACAUAUUAUUAUUUUUAUUUUCGUUCUUUAAUUAAGUUUUAUUUAUUAAUGAGGUUCUACUGUUGUGGUCUAAGUGUACCAAUCUUAUUUAUUCAUCAAUAAUUAUUUUAUUCUUCUGCAAAUUUUUGAAUAUGUAUGGUUAAUAUUUAAACAAAAAAAACUUAAACUUAAACACUGUUAAAUUGUUAUUAAUAACCACAGAUUUUAUAUUAAAAAAAAAUGUUAAAAAUUAUACAAAAAGAAAUAUAAUAAUAUAAAUUACAUAUAUUAACAAUGCAGCUUAAGUUUAUUAUUUCAUUCUUGCAUAUACAAAUCUAACAUUUAUUGUAAAACGAUACAAAAAGAACUCCACAAAUGUUGCAAAUUGUAAUAAACAAUAAAAAAAAAACAGACAA